GAAAAAUAAUUUUUGGUUGCCAGUAUACCUGUAGUCGUUGCACUGAUCAGUCGAUAGUUUUGUGAUAAAUUAUUUCUCAAGUGAAUUAAAUUAUUAACCAUGGGACGUGAUUCUAGAAAGGUUUCAAGAGAACUUCGGAGUUCUGAAAAAAUUAAUAAGUCGCGUUCAGUCAAAAGAAAGAAUGUUUUUAAUCCGAAAACAGCCGAACGUGAUGAAAGUAUUCAGAGUACAUCUUCUAAAAAAUUAAAACAAAACACUGAAGAUGAUGUACCUGAAGACAGCAGUACUGAAUUUCGAAUAAUAAAUUUUAUUCAGGUAUUCACUGCAAUUUCUGCUCUUAUAAAAUGUAAAAAAUGUGAUGGAAAUGUAGUGUUUCAAACAGCAAGUACACGUGGGCUGGGAUUCAAAAUUGUAGUUGCAUGUAAUAACUGUGGAAAUGAAUAUAUUCCUUCCUGUUCUUUCGUUGGGCAUUCUUAUGAAAUAAACAGACGUUUCAUUUUUGUAAUGAGAAUACUAGGAAUAGGAUACGAAGGAUUGUGCAAGUUUUGCGGCCUGAUGGACAUGCCGUCUUUUUUAGAUAAAUCUACGCAUACAAUUUUACUGAAACAGAUUUUGAAUUGUAGUAAAGCCGUCGCAGAAACCUUCAUGACGAAAGCUGUGAAUGAAGAAAAGCAAGCAAUGCCAACAACUGAAAAUGAAGAUAUAAAUCAUCUAACUGUAUCGGGAGAUGGAACCUGGCAAAAACGGGGAUAUACAUCGUCAUUUGGAGUUUCUUCUAUAAUUGGCUAUUUUACUGGAAAGAUUCUUGACAUAAACAUUAAAAGUGCAUAUUGUAAGCUAUGUGAGUAUUGGAAAAAAAAAACAAAUACUGUUGAGUUCGAGGAAUGGUAUCAAUCGCAUGAAGAUGUGUGUUCUGCUAAUCAUCAAGGGUCUUCUGGGAAAAUGGAGGUGGAUGCGAUGGUCGAAAUGUUUUCGUAUUCUGAAACUAAAUAUGGAGUUAAGUAUGCCAACUAUAUUGGUGAUGGUGACUCCAAGACCUAUUCAGGAAUUAUAAAAUCAGAUCCUUACGAAAAUACAACUGUAAAUAAAAAGGAAUGUAUAGGGCAUGUCCAAAAGCGGAUGGGGAGUCGAUUACGUACGCUGAAGAGUAAACAAAAAGGUCUUGGUGGUCGAGGUAAGCUCACAGGAAAAUUAAUAGACAAACUAACUGUGUACUAUGGUUUAGCAAUACGCCGGCAUUGUGAUUCUAUUGAAAAUAUGAAAUCUGCUAUAAUGGCAACCUUUUAUCACUACGGCUCGAGUGAUGAAAAACCGAAUCAUGAUAUGUGUCCAAAAGGCGAAGAAUCUUGGUGCUCUUACCAGCGCGCUGAAGCAAGAGGAGAGCUUGAUACCUUUUCUCACGAUUAUUCUCCUUUACCUUCUGAUGUUUUAAAAGCUAUCAAGCCUAUAUACGAAGAUCUUAGUAAUGAAAAUUUACUUUCAAGAUGUGUAGGUGGAUUCAAUCAGAAUAAUAAUGAAAGCUUUAACCAACUAGUAUGGAAAAUAUGCCCAAAAACGGUAAAUACUAGUUUUACUAUCGUACAAAUAGCUGCAUACGUUGCUAUGUGUAUAUUUAAUGAGGGUAUAAAUUCAUUAUUAGUCUUGAUGAAUACACUAGGACUUAAUUGUGGGCCUAAUUCUCAUCGGUAUGCAGAAAGAAUGGAUGCUGCACGUAUCAAAGUAGCAGAUAAGCGCGCUAAUGAUAACACCCGAGAAGGUCGAUUGCAACGUAGGCACCAGCAAAUCGAUAUUUUGGAAGCUGCUAUGUCGGCUGAAGAGCUAUUAUAUGGUCCAGGAAUAGAUGACUCAGUAUGAAUCUCCAAGGACUUAUGAUGAUCACCGCAAAGGACUUCGGGAGGAACGGGCUCUACAAAAACAGCGAUAACUUUUUGAAUUAUUAAUUUUUUUUUUUGAAAUUUUCGUGAAGUCAAAUCGAAACGUGUUCUAAUAAAGCUAUGUUUUU